AAUAUUCGUACCCUUGAGAGCUUCAAUGUAUCAUACAAUAACCUCACCGGCCCGUUACCGUCGGGUCAAGUAUUCUCGAGUCUUCACUCCUCGUCCUUUGCCGGAAAUGAUGGUCUUUGCGGCACCGGAAUCCACAAGGCAUGCCAGGAAGAGCCCGCCACCAGCGUGGAGAUUAAACAAUCCCCGAAAAAAUCUGUACGCAUGACAUUUUGGAUCCUCACGGCAGCAAUUGGGGUUUUGAUGCUAGUACUCAUAGCUGUUUGCCGGUGUUUGCAAGUGAACUAUAGGUUUAGAUUCCCAGGUGACCGAAAACCCGAGACGUGGGAGCUAGUAGCUUACCGACGGCUGAAUUUCACAGCAGAAGACGUGUUAGAGUGUGUGGGAAUGAGCAAUAAGGUCCUCGGGGCAGGGUCUAGCGGAAUUGUAUACAAGGUCGAAAUGCCAGGUGACGAGACCAUAGCCGUUAAAAAGUUACAUGAUCUCCGAAAGGACACCACUCGUAGAAUACGAGGAGUGCUUUCAGAAGUCGAGGUUUUGGGCCAAAUAAGGCACAAAAACAUUGUGAGAUUAUUAGGAUGUUGUAGUAACAAAGAGAGUGCAAUGUUGCUCUACGAGUACAUGCCAAAUGGGAACCUUGAAGAUUUUUUGCAUUGCAAAAGCAAAAACGUGACUGAUAUGGCUGGAAAUUGGAGGACUAUAUACAAGAUUGCAUUAGGGAUUGCUCAAGGAAUCUCUUAUCUUCAUCAUGAUUGUGAUCCUGUUAUAAUUCAUAGAGAUUUAAAACCUAAUAACAUUCUUCUGGAUUCUGACUAUGAAGCUAAGGUAGCUGAUUUUGGAGUUGCAAAACUGUAUCAAGAUAAUGAAUCCAUGUCGAUCAUCGCAGGAUCUUAUGGUUACAUUGCACCAGAGUACGCAUAUUCGUUACAAGUUGACGUGAAAAGUGACAUCUAUAGUUACGGAGUUAUGUUAUUGGAAAUACUAACGGGUAGAAGAUCAAUGGAAGCUGAAUUUGGUGAAGGCAAUAGCAUUGUGGAUUGGGUGAGAAAUAAGUUAAAGGCAAAAGAGGACAUAAAAGACUUCUUAGAUAAAGACAACAAUAUUUCUACCUCUUCGCCAUUAGUAUGGGAGGAGAUGAUGUUAUUGUUUAAGAUUGCAUUGGUGUGCACUUGCCGGAAUCCGGCUGACCGGCCAUCCAUGAGGGACGUGGUUUCAAUGUUGAACGAGAUUACUCCCAAAAAGAAAUCCCAGUCCGGUGGUGAUAGUGGUUGCGACGCCUUGGACGACGGUGAUUCUUACUCGGAUCAAAACAUAAUUGUUGAGUGUUAAUAAAUUAAUAUACUCCAUAAUGUUGUUGGAGUACGGUAUAUUCCCAUUGUUCCACCUCUUUCAAUUCCUUCAAUUUAGUUAGUUAAGC